GGAAGGCGAGUACUACCGAGUAGCCGUGGAUUCGUUCGAGGUUGAAUUUCGGUGGCUUCCAGUGUAAUAGCAGUAAACAUGCAAAUUAUAAUGUAGUUAUUUUUGUAAUUCAAUCAGUGCUGUCUGUUCAUAGGUUCAUGAAUUUUGCCUAGGAUGAAUGAGAAGAUAGGAUUAAGUAAAAGUAAGAACAGAUUAUCUAUCAUGUUGAUGUGUUAAUACAUGCCAUGCCAAUGCCUACAUUUAUACGUCAAUAGCCAAUUUAUACGUCAAUAGCCAUGCAUACAGCAAGAAUUAGAGACAGGAUUUCAUUCAUAGAUAAGCUUCCAACAUUAACUCAGGCUACCGCUGAUGAUGACGAACCAACUCCCGGCUUCAUGAUAUCUGAAAUCAUAGGUCUCUCCCUUGAGUCGGGCACGCACUGCCAGCAGCUGAUUGCCUACUUUCUACAGAGGCUGGCCAGCCGUUCCUACCAUGUCAAGUUGAAGGUGCUGCGUCUGCUGCUGCACUGCAUACGUGAUGGCCACUGUGAGUUUCGACAGGGCUUGAGAAAACGAUCUCAGCGAAUCAAGGAUGCGGCUGGGUAUCACGGUCCGCCAGAUGUCAUGCAUGGAAAUGCACCUUACAUUAGUGUUAGGAAAGCUGCAGAGGAUGUGCUUGAACAACUGUUUAACACGGAUGUGAUUGAAGCGGAAACACAGCGAAAACCAGUACCUGAUAAACCAGAGAGAUUGCAUGGAAUGGGGACAAGUGGUGCGACUGGAAAGUAUGAAGGCUUUGGAAAUGCCCCGAUGUUGCCUGAGAAGUCAAUUGGUGACUUGGUAAUGUCCGGCCUUAUCGACCUGAAAGACAAGCUAGUCGGGGCACCAGAGUCGGACAAUGCGCUGCUAAGAGAUGGUCUGGAAGGGAAGUUUGGACUGUACUCACCUGCCCAUCUUCCCACGGAAGCCAUCACCAUGGAUUCAGGGCCACGGUGCAGCCAAGGUCAAGUUAGGAUGGAGAGUCCCCCUCGAUGUCGCGAAGUUCGAAUACCCGGCAAGCCAGGAGGUGGCUGGGCAGACAGUGAUGAUGGAGAGGAAGGAGAAGGGGCACCUGAGGGAAUGAAGUCGUCUGACACACCAAUAUCGGCUAACUUGCUUUCCCCCAGGUCCGAAGAAGAAUUAACAAAGUUUAACUGGUCGGAAGAGGAGCAGCUAGUGAAAAGACAUUUAGAUAUUACCAAAUCAGGAAAGAUGAUUACCAGGACAGAGGUUGAAGAUUUUGUGCAGCAGGUCUUGUACCUCAAUGUGAUAAAGAUAGUGGAGUUGUUGAGAGAUCACGUGGAAGAUUGCUCAUCUUCAAAUGAGUCUCUCUUGGCUAUGAUGCUGGCGAUGGAGGCAUUGCUAAGAUCUGGUGUAGCUAGUGUGGGACUCCUGUCUAGUACCCUAACAUCCAGCCUGGAUGUGCUAAGCCAGCGAACAACGGAUGACCAAGUGAAAUAUAAGGCAUUAAAGAUAAUGCUGAUAAUGGAGAGGUUGUCUGAUGUCAACAGGAGUAGCAGAAUGCCAACCAAAAGCUCUACUGCCAAGCCAUUAUUUGCCAACUAAAAUGCAGGAAGUUGCAAGCCAAGUUGGUAUAGCACUCACCUCACUAGAUGGCAGCACCUAACAGUACUGUAAAUUAUGUGUACAUAUUUUGAAUGAAUAAAAGUAAUGCUACAAACCAAUUAUAUUAAA